CCGGAACCCGCGUCGAGCUCGCCGCAACGUCGACUGCUCUCCGCCAGCUCUUCGCCAUCUCUCUCUCCUAAUUAUCCAUGCUCGCUUCGAGGUCGUCGGCGGCGCGCAGCGCGUCGCGCCUUGCCCGUAAUUUUGCGACUGUCGUCGACACCGCUGGCGUAAAGGUCGCCGCGGUCGACAACGGAGAACCGACUUCGGCGGUCACGUUCCUGGUCAAGGCGGGCAGCAGGUUCGAGAGCAAACCCGGUGUCGCUCAUGCAUUGAAGGGGUUCGCGUUCAAAAGCACGGAGAAGCGGUCGUUCUUGGGUACGAUCCGCGAGGCCGAGUUGUACGGUGGUGUCCUCUCGACAAGUCUGACGCGGGAACACCUCGCCUUCACUGCGGAGUUCCUGAGGGGCGACGAGCCUCUCUUCGUGGACAUCAUUUCAUCCUUCAUCAAGUCUGCGAAGUACACAAGACACGAGCUCGACGAGUACGUCGUGCCCGUAUGCGAGGCCGAGUCUACCACGGCCUUCUCUAACCCCGCCAUCCGCGCCCUCGACCUCGCACACUUGCUUGCCUUCCGCACGGGGCUCGGCGCGUCGCCCUUCACCUCCCCCGGCACGCACGUCUCGGUCGAGGACGUCAAGGCAUACGCGCAGAAUGUCUUCACACCUGGCAACCUCGCCGUCCUCGGCACGGGCAUCGACGCGGCGACGCUCCAGAAGCUCGUUGAGCAGUCCCUCGGCUCACUCUCGAGCGCGUCCGCACCCACGUCCUCGCCAAGUUCCUACUUCGGCGGCGAGACCCGUAUCGAGGCGCACGGCGCACCGGAGACGAUUUUCAUUGGUCUUGGCACGACGGGCGCGCCUUCCGCAGAGCUGGCCGUACUCUCUGCGCACCUCGACCCUACGCCGUCCGUGAAGUGGUCAAAGGGCACGUCGCCCAUCGCCGCCGGUGUGCCUGAGGGCAUCAGCGUGAAGACGGUGCUGCUCCCGUACUCGGACGCGGCGCUGUACGGCAUCCUCAUCCAGGGCGAGAGCACGGAGGGUGUUAAGGCGGCGAGCAAGGCGGCGGUUGCGGCGCUCAAGGCGUCUGGGGACCUCAAGGGCGACGACCUCAAGAAGGCAGUUGCCAAGGCGAAGUUUGCUGCUGCAAGUGCUCUCGACGGCCGUGACAACCUUGUCUUCGCCUUGGGUGCACAGGCGUUCGGUUCGCCGGCGUCUCUUGACAGCACGAUCUCCAACCUUGACAAGGUCAAUGCCUCUGCCUUCUCCAAGGCGGCGACGUCGUUCGUCAAGGCCAAGCCGACGUAUGUCGCGAUUGGUGACAUCAAGCGCCUCCCCUACGCGGACGAACUCGGGCUAUGAUCACAAAAUAGAUAGAUACUAGCGAAGAACAGUAUUGUUACUUCUACAUCCAGAUUAGUGUCCGUGUGAGCUAAUUCAUGAGCCUGUAAUGCUACGUGCGCAAGGGGCGUGAUGGCCA